GAUCCGUAUUUGCAAAGCGGUGGCAGGGAGUGCGGCGCAUGGGAAUAGAAUAAGAACCGGUCCUGCUGUAGUACCUUUGGUUUUCGUCGCCGACUUACCGCCUCACUCCUUUUCUGUGCUUUAUAUUCCAGUCCAUUUCUUCGUUCCUAGCUUGGCAUACUCGACAGUCCCUGAUCUACGCGUUGGUUGUUUCAUCUCUCCCGAAGAGGCUUGAUACUAUUCCUUGUCACGUCGAGACUGGCUCAUCGUCGUCAUCAUUAUGCAGUCCGCAAUUUUUAAAACAUGGUGGGCAUCACUAUGCUACUCUUCUCUGGUGGCUGGCAUUGCGGUCCCGAGCAAUAAUGCAGCAUCUGAAACCCUAGAUCGCCGACAUUCGGGUUGUCCCGCUGUAUGGACCGAUAUUGCGGCCGACCUGAAUCAACUCUUUUCGGGAUGCUCGGAUCCAGCACGUCAAGCCAUCCGCACAAUCUUUCACGACUGCUUUCCUGGGUCCAAUUGCGAUGGCUCGCUCAUCUUGGCCGGUGAAUGCACCAGUCGGCCUGAGAACGCACAAAUGAUACCAGUCUGCGACACCCUUGGCGACAAGGCCCAGCAGUACAAUGUCAGCACUGCAGAUAUGAUUCAAGCGGCAGCUGCCCUGGGGACUAAAGCAUGCGGCGGACCCUCCAUCGCGUUCAAAAUUGGACGGAAGGACUCGAGCACACCGAGUCCCACGGGCCAGUUGCCUGCAGGAAAUGCUACUGCUGCAACCCAAAUUGCUGCCUUCGCUUCUAAGGGCUUUUCUGCCAAUGAACUAAUCGCCCUCGUCGGCGCCCACAGCGCCGGCAAGAACUUGGCGGGGACCGCUCUCGACACCACCGUCAACCAACUGGAUAGCACCAAAUUCUACCCCGAGACGCAGGAUGCUUCCGCUCCUGCCAGUCUGGACAGCGAUCGGUUUCUCAGUAACAGUACUGCCACAAAGACCAUAUGGAAAGGUUUUGGAGCUAGCGCGUCGGCCUGGCAUGCUGCCUUCGUGCCCGCUAUGGAGAAAAUGAGUGUCAUGGGCAACGAUGUAUUGACCUUGAAUGACUGCUCGAGUAUAAUAUCCUAAAAUCUCCAGGGAAUCGGACUUAUAUCAUUGUAGCAGCCUGUGUUGAACUGCUUUAUGUUGGAAACGGUAUUAGUUUGUUUUGUGUUGAACUUGCACUAUUUUGUUUCUUAGAGUUCUGGAAAGCUGUAAUUGUAUUGUUACAGAGGCGCACAUAUGGAAGUAUUUCCCAUAAGGAGACUGUCUUGCCGAAUAUAUAGGUUGUUAUAGCAUAACGUGAUCCACAAGUCAUUUUCGCAC